UUUACCUAUUUAUACAGUUGCGUAAUUCUCACUGCAACAAUUUACGUUAAGUAUCUUGCUCAGAGGUACUACAGCUGAAGGUGAGAUUCGAAUCUGCGACCUUUAGGCCUUAACCAGUACUCAACUGCUCCUUUUUGUAGUGCUGUACCACUUAAAACAGCCUGGUCAUUUUGACUAGUACCGAGGACAAGCUCUCUGACACGGGGAAGUUAAGCGGGUCACAAAGUUUUAUCAAAAGCUGGGGUUCGAACUAAAAUCCCCAACGGGAAGGCUAAAGCAUACGUGUAUUAAGGUGAAUGCAGCUCGUUCUGAGGAUUCAGCGGUUUUAUGCCAGUAUUCACUGUUCCGGGGACACAACUGCACUCUAAUCUCACUUCAGCCAUUAACAGUUCCUUCCUGGUAGAACGAAACUGGUCACGUGAUCGUGGUCAUGUGGCUGUUUGGAGAUCACGCGGGGGCCCUCCAUCGCUUCAUAGGAAGGGAAAGGUGCAGUUCUGGGGUCCGGCGGAGCACGGAAGAAGAGUCACCUUGAGCCAGAGUCCCAAAGUGCAAGAUUAGGAUGUCACAAGGACCAGUGGCACUCUGUGACGUGAUCACCACAGACCCAGCCCAUUAUUCCUGCUCCUUUCUGUUCAUCCUCACCACACUAAGCAUCUCAGAAGAGUUGUACUAAGCCAGCGUGUUGUAGAAAGGUGUGACAUGUCACAGCUGUUGCUCAUUGGAUAUUGGAAGUGUUUGGCCUACAGGAACCACUCCACCUUGAGCCUCUCAGGCUGAGUUCAAGCUGUUAGAUUAGCAAUACGCUGGGGACACAGAAAGGACAAGUGAGUCUGCGUUAGCUUGUCUGGGAAGGGCUAGGGACUGACAAGUACUGACAUUGUCAGCCUAGUGAGAGGAGUGACCUGCUAGCAUGUCUAGGGAGUGCGUGGCCAUCAACAGUGAGGAUCCAGGAGAAAGGGCCUGGCUUCUGCAGAGCCCCAGCGUGGAGGCAGAACCCCAGUGCGGGUUGCAAACAGGCACAGAGGGAGGUACCUCUACCUUGGGUGCAGUUUUCAUCGUGGUCAAUGCUGCACUGGGGGCCGGCCUGCUCAACUUCCCUGCUGCAUUCAGCACAGCUGGAGGAGUGACAUCCGGGGUGGCACUCCAGAUGGGCAUGUUGGUCUUUAUCAUCAGCGGCCUGGUCAUCCUGGGUUACUGCUCUCAGGUCAGUAAUGAAACCACCUAUCAGGAAGUGGUGCGGGCAGUCUGUGGCAGAAUCACAGGGGUCAUCUGCGAGGUGGCCAUCGCCAUCUACACCUUUGGCACCUGCAUUGCCUUCCUCAUCAUUAUUGGAGAUCAGCAGGAUAAGUUGAUUGCAGCUGUGACCCAUGAGACAGACUGGUCAGUCAGUCGUCCCUGGUACACCAACCGCAUGUUCACUAUCUUCCUGACCUCCGUGCUGAUCAUUCUGCCUCUCUCCAUCCCCAAGGAGAUCGGAUUCCAGAAAUAUGCCAGUGCUGUGAGUGUCAUUGGUACGUGGUACGUCACCAUCGUUGUCAUUGUGAAGUACAUCUGGCCCGAUGCAGGCGUGUCCCCGGGGUACAUCCCCACAAGCCCUUCCUCCUGGACAGCAGUGUUCAACGCAAUGCCCACCAUCUGUUUUGGCUUCCAGUGCCAUGUGAGCAGUGUGCCCGUGUUCAACAGCAUGAGGAGGCGUGAGAUACAGCACUGGGGAUGGGUUGUCACAAUAGGAAUGGUCAUCUGCCUCUUUGUUUAUACUGGCACAGGUGUCUGCGGCUUCCUGUCCUUUGGCUCCAAUGUGAGUCAGGAUGUGUUGAUGUCAUAUCCCUCCAAUGACAUUGUCGUGGCCUUUGCCAGGUUCUUCAUUAUCAUCUGUGUUGUAACGUCAUACCCCAUUCUGCACUUCUGCGGGAGGGCGGUGUUAGAGGGCCUGUGGCUUCGAUUCCAUGGCGAGUCUGUGGAGGUGGACGUGACAAAGGAACGCCGGCGCAGGGUAGUGCAGACUGUCGUGUGGUUCUCCCUCACGCUCAUCUUGGCACUCUUCACCCCUGACAUCGGCCGCAUCAUCUCCCUCAUAGGGGGCCUCGCUGCCUGCUUCAUCUUUGUCUUCCCAGGUUUGUGUCUUAUUCAGGCUAAAUUGUCAGAGAUUCAAGAAGUCAAACCAGCAAGCUGGUGGGGUAUGGUGUCAUAUGGCGUCUUCAUGGUCACUGUUGGAGCUUUCAUCUUUGGCCAAACGACCACCAACGCUAUCUACCAUGACACCGUCCGCAACUCUGUAGAAUAGACAGUUGGCCUGAACUUUUAGGUGGAGACAAACCACAAACAGCUGGACUUGUCCUUGAACCAUUAUCUCUGACAUCUUUGGGCUGUGUGACAGGUGGUCCCUCCUGCAUGCAACCUAAUUCCUUAUUGAGAAGGGGAUUCAAACCUGGAGCAGGACUGACACCCCUGCAGUUAACCCAUGUGAUGUCCUGUCUUCUGCCUGGAUCCUCCUACUACAGGGGACUCUAUGGACACCGCAGCCCAGUGAGCACACCCAGGGGCACAGCUGGGGAUCAAGUUGCUUCAUACCACAAAUCACUGUUGGAACAUUUUUUUCCUAUGUACCAUCACUUUUGAUUAAGAAACCAUGGAUUAAGCCUUUAUAUAAUUGCCUUCCAUGACAACUGACAAGACAGAACUAAUACAGCCAGGAUGCUUAAAUUGCAGAACCUGUGAAAAUGUUUAAGGCAUCUAACGGGAUGUCUUAAGGAUUAGAUGGGUUAAAUGACAAUUGACAAGAUGGAGCUAAGGGAGCCCUGUUGCUUAGCUUCUUGAACCUGUGGAAAGGUGUAGGGCAUCUAAUGUAAGGCUUUAAUUUCUUGAGUUUUCUUUUGGUUCAGUCUUUACCUCACAUUUUAGUUUCACAGAAAAGAUUACAAGGUGGUUGUUGUUGUUCAUAACUGACCUCUCAUUUAAUUUUCGGAUGUGUGCGUUUACAGUCCCAUAUGAGCAUGGCCCGAGGUGUGACCUCCACUUGUAGAACAGAUGCCAAAGCACUAAGAGACAAAACUGAGAGGGCCACGGGGGUAUUAGUAUGCUGCCAACACAACAUGGUGUCUGUGAGCAUGUAGUAGUGAGCUUAUGUCAGAACCUGUCAAAAUGCUAGUACAUAAAUUUCCUACAUCGAAAUGCAUUCUGAAAAUGUUGUGCAGCAUCAAAGAUGAUUCCUGUCAUCCAGAGUGGAGAAUUUAACAUUUUGUUUGUUUGAAAUGACAUACUUGAGUUUGUGAUGGUGACAGGAUUUUAGUCUGUAUUUUGAAGUGAUAAUGAAAAGGGAUUGUCAUUAUAGUUCUUAAAAUAGUUUUAAAAUAUGAGGCCCUGGAAAAAUGAAACCUUAAUUUUUGUUCAACUUAUAGUAUAACGGCCAUGGUUAAAAAUGUCUUUUUCUUAGGAUUCACAUUCUCUCUUUGAUUUUGAAGACUUCGGAAAUUAGGAAUAACAUUGGAAGUACUUAAAAAUUAUAGAUCUGUUGUUGUUGUUGUUGUUGUUAAACAUGCUUAAAACAUGGUAAAUGUGUGACAUCAAGUAUAUGUAACCGAAGCAAAGAAAAGAGUGAAGGUCCACAGCUGAUAUUUUCAGUCUUUAACAUUUUUUUGUGUUUAAGGGAAAAAUUUAACUUGACGGGUAUUUAAUAGUGAAAUCACUACAUUUCUGUAAUUGAACAUUACAAUUACAAACUACAAAUGGACUUGCCCCACAUUUCAUGCUGCUUGUGCAGAAUUAAAUUACUGCAGCCACCUGCUGGACAACUGGAUGCCACUGAAACCUCACUAAAUGAGUUCAGUUCAGGAAAUUCCCUCUGUUUGAGCAGCAAAGUGUUCUGGUAUAACACAUUUUUUCCAGGACCACAUAGGUCAGAAUGAACCUCAAACAUAUCUGUACCAUUAUUGAACUGACUAGUUAAUUUCCACACUUGUUUCCCACAGCAGUUUCAUGGGGAGAUGUUUAAACUGCAGUGUGUUUCCACAUGCACUUUUGUAAUCCAUUUUAACCUUCUUGAUUAUAUUUCCUUGUAUGUUUGUAAAAAUGUAAUAAAGGGACA